AUGUCAUAUCAUAUGGAGUCAUCCACCACUACGACUACCAUCAAACACAAUCACCACUACGUACACAACAUGUUAUUCCCAAGCAGUCUUCUCGCAUACUCCCAUCCCGAGGAUAGUACCUCCACGUGCGCCAUCCUUGGUGACACCGACGAGGACUACAUUGUGCCUCCCGAUGGUGGUUGCGACGGGGUCCAUUUCGUCCGCAUUCCUGCCUUCCAGGUGGAGCGCCGCAGCCCAACGUCUCGGGACUCCGAGCUCUCCCACAGCCUCGACCAGUGCCCGUCCGACCUGUAUGAUGGAUCCGCGCAUCUGUCCCAAAAAGGCGAAGAGGAUAUUCUCCUCGAAGAGCUUGACCGGGGUAAUGAUCCAGAUGUUCUGCAGUCUCUUCUGAACGACUGGCAAGCAUCCGACCCCCUGCUGACUGGGGCCAGGGUCGAGGAUCCCCUCAGCGACCAAUUGGUUUUCGGAACGGUUACCAUCGAAGUUUUCUAG